CAAUACAUCGAUUUGCCUUCCUUUUAAAGCAUUGACGCCAUGCGAGCCUUUUAAGAACGGCUUAGGGUAGAGGAAGCCGUCUGUGCAAUGAUGUUUGCCCUUGCCAUAGUCGCACUAUUCUUCCUACCCUUUGUCGACAGUAAAGCGCAUACUGUUUAUCAUUACUACAAAAAAAUAUUUAAUUGGACUGACGAGGAUUACAACCUGAUGGCUUAUGCUGUCUAUAGUUUUGGAAAAGAAGCACCCCAUUACAUUGCGUACAACCCAAAACUUACCAGAAAAAUGGAUUCUGCAUAUGAUGUUUGGAAUCAUCUAAGCCCGGAAUCAAAGAAGUUUGUGCAGAAUUUCAAUAAGCUCUUGUUUGACGAGAGAACAGUGGAAGGGAAAUGCAAUUUUUCUAAGUUAAAACCAUUCGUGGAAUCUUUAAGCAAGAAGGCUCGCGAUGAAUUGUGCAAAGUUUACAAAGGGUUUGGAGAGUUCCUCAAAGAUUUUGGGAAGAAAAGCGAAGGUGGGGAAGGAAUUCGAAAAAGAAAACAAUGAGACAAUGCGAUAAUGACAAAGGUUUUUUAACACCGGGCUAUCAGCCUUCGGAUUAACAACCUAUUUUCUCUAAUUCGAUACAUAGUCUUCAUAUUAGUGCUUUUCGUGGGAUGAAAUCUACAGAACACAAUAAAGUUCAUGGGAAUAAGUGC